AUGAGCUUGUAUGUUCCUGUUGAGGUGCUGUCUUGCAUCAAGGGGUUUUUUGUGGCCAGCAGAAAGUUGUCACUUUUGUCCAAUUUGACGCCCUCUAAAAACUCCACUCGAAAGUUUAAGAGAGUGGGUAGAGGUCCUGGUUCAGGAAGAGGUAAGACUUCCACCAGAGGUCAAAAGGGUCAAAAGGCCAGAGGUUCUGUUCAGCCAUGGUUUGAAGGUGGUCAGACUCCCAUAACAAGAUUAUUUCGAAAAAUCGGUUUCAAGACCAAUAAACUAAAGCUCGAUGAGUUGAAUCUUGAAAGAAUUCAGCAUUUCUAUUUAGAUGGAAGAUUGAGCCCCUUCCUUGAAAAUAAUAAAGUUUUGGAUAUGAGAGGAAUGAAACAAAUUGGCUUGAUCACAUCCUCUAUUCGGGCUGGCAUCAAAAUCAUCGGUCGAGGCAAAGAAGAGUUUUCAGUUCCUAACUUGAGAAUAGAAGCCAACAGAGCUUCAAAAGACGCAGUUGCAGCUAUUGAAAAAUGCGGUGGAGAUUUUACUGCAAGAUAUUUCACACCUUCAUAUUUGAGAUCUCAUUUAAAUCCCAACAAAUAUUUAGAAAAAUACGGUCGAUUGCCUUUACCACCAAGACCAACAAAACAAAAGGAUAUAGACUACUAUAGUGAUAUGGAAAACAGAGGCUAUUUAAUCAAAGAAAACGAUCCUUAUUUGAAACUCGUCAGAGGUGCUGCAAGCACUUCAAGAUCUACAGCCUCUACAAAGAAAACUGCUUUGGAAAGUCAAGCUAAAGAGAUUAAAGCUCAAUCAAAGCCAAUUGCUGCUCAUAAAUCAAACCUAAUAAACUUACAACAGUAUCUUCGCAUGCAAUGA